AGUGAUGCGCGUUUUAUUCAUCGGACAAAGACUUUUAAAAAUAGGUGUAGUUUAACCCUUCAUCGUGCCAUGGAACAUGAUAGUAUGAGUCUUUUGGAGCAUACACCGCUGCUGCAGUUCUAUGUGCCAUAUUCUGGAUGUACGCUGGUCAUUGUGGAUGGACUGACAUAAAAAACAUGUGACAGCUGCAGACAAGCAUCAUUCUCUUUGAGACAGACAGCAUGGCUUUACCCGAGGCGAGGAAGUUUACGCGGGGGCUCAAUAAACCAGGAACUGCUGCUGAACUGAGGCAAAGUGUUUCUGAGGCUGUAAAGACGUCAGUGAUGAUGGUAAAGCCCAAGGUCAUCGAGCCUCUGGACUAUGAGAGUGUGAUCAUACAGAGGAAAACGCAGAUCAUCACUGAUGCACUACGGGACAUGCUGCAGUUCCCUCUGGAUGACUUUCAGAUCUGCACUCUUAGGCGCCAGGGUCGGACCCUGUUCUCGACUGUGCCAGAAAGUGCAGAACAUGAAGCUCAGUCGCUGUUUGUCCAAGAGUGUAUCAAAACCUACAAGUCAGACUGGCAUGUGGUCAAUUACAAGUAUGAGGAAUAUUCCGGGGACUUUCGCCAGCUCCCUAACAAAGUAUUACGGCCAGAGAAACUGGUCGCUCACUUGUUUGAGGUGGAUGAAGUUGUGGAAAAAGACGGGGACACAGCCUCGCUCGGCGCUCACAAGGGAGGCGUGUCUAAACACGGCUGGCUGUACAAAGGCAACAUGAACAGUGCAAUCAGCGUUACGAUGCGGUCAUUCAAAAGGAGAUACUUCCAUCUGGCUCAGCUAGGAGAUGGCUCCUACAACCUCAACUUCUACAAAGAUGAAAAUACCUCCAAGGAACCCAAAGGAACCAUCUUCCUUGACUCGUGUAUGGGCGUCGUUCAGAACAGUAAAGUACGAAGGUUUGCCUUUGAGUUGAAGAUGCAGGAUAAGAGCACAUUCCUGCUGGCCGCAGACAGCGAAAUGGAGAUGGAGGACUGGCUCAGUACCCUCAUCAAAAUUCUCCACAGCAGCUUUGAACAGGCCACGCAGGAGAAACGUUACGGAGACUUCCAAGAAGAGGAUCACGGAAAAACAGACCUCUGCUCUGGAAGUUUUCAAGACAGCUUUCAGACGGUCAGAGAUAUUGAGUUUAAAAUGAGGAGCGAAGCCAGGCUGAAACUGUUUACUCUGGACCCUGACACUCAGAAAGUGGACUUCACGAGCAUCGAACCAGACAUACGUCAGUUUGAGGAGAAAUUCGGGAAGAGGAUCUUGGUCAACUGUCAUGACUUAUCGUUCAACCUGCAGGGCUGCAUUGCAGAUAAUCAGGAGGGACCAACAACUAAUGUGGAACCUUUCUAUGUGGUUCUAUCCCUAUUCGACAUUCAGAACAGCAGAAAAAUUUCUGCUGAUUUUCAUGUGGAUCUCAACCACCCUUUGGUGCGACAAAUGUCACCCGGCUCUACUUGUGACCACAACUUGCACAUUACUGGUGAGGGUCCCUUGGGCUGGCAAAAGCUGGCCAGUGGGUUUCCAGAGAUGGAUCUCCGAUACCCUAAACACGGAGUGUUUUCAGUCACGUGCCCCCAUCCGGAGAUCUUCUUGGUGGCAAGGAUUGAGAAGGUCCUCCAAGGGGGGAUCACGCACUGUAGUGAACCCUACAUGAAGAGCUCGGACUCAACAAAGAUGGCUCAAAAAGUGCUGAAGAAUGCAAAGAUGGCCUGCAGUAGACUGGGACAGUACCGGAUGCCGUUCGCCUGGUCUGCAAGGCCUGUGUUUAUUGACGCAUCAGGAACUUUGGACAAAAGUGCUCGUUUCUCGGCUCUUUACCGACAAGACAGCAGCAAGCUGUCAGAUGAGGACAUGUUCAAACUGCUCGCUGACUUUAGAAAACCAGAGAAAAUGACAAAACUUCCAGUGCUGCUAGGGAACUUGGAUGUAACUAUUGAUUGUGUGGCCUCAGAUUUGAACAAUUGUGUCACUUCCUCCUACAUCCCGGUGAGGAACUUUGAAGGAAGUGGGCCUGGAAGUGCCCUCUUGGAAGUGGAAGAGUUUGUACCAUCCAUCGCCAAAUGCUCCCAACCCUUUACCAUCUAUAAAAACCUUCUUUAUGUCUACCCAAAGCACCUCAAAUACGAUGGGCAGAAAUCUUUCCCUAAGGCAAGGAAUAUUGCAGUUUGCAUUGAAUUCAGGGAUUCUGAUGAAGAGGAAGCCCGGCCGCUAAGGUGCAUCUAUGGUCGUCCCGGAGGUUCCCUCUUCACCCGACAGGCGUAUGCGGCUGUCUUGCACCACCAACAGAACCCGGAGUUCUAUGAUGAGAUAAAGAUCGAGCUGCCAACUCAUCUGCACCAAAGGCACCAUCUCCUUUUCACCUUCUAUCACAUCAGUUGUGACAGCAACGGCAAGAAGAAAGAUCUGGUGGAGAUUCCAGUGGGCUCAGCAUGGCUGCCUCUACUAAGAGAUGGCAGAGUCAUCACGAAUGAACAGCAUCUAGCCGUGGCUGCUCAUUUGCCCACGGGCUACCUCAGCUGUCAGGAUGCUGUCAACAAGCAUUCUGGCUCUGAGAUCAAGUGGGUUGACGGAGGAAAGCCUCUGUUCAAAGUCUCAACACAUCUUGUUUCCACAGUCUACACUCAGGAUCAGCACUUGCACAACUUCUUCCACCACUGUCAAAGCAUGGAGAUGUCAGAACAAGCAUCAGAGGGCGGUCUGGUGAAAUUCCUGAAGAGUCUCCAUGCCGUGGAGGGCCACAUCAUGGUGAACUUCCUGCCCACGAUCCUCAACCAGCUGUUCUGCAUCCUCACCGGCGCCUCGCAUGAAGAUGUGGCCGUCAACGUGACUAGGGUAAUGGUACAUGUGGUAGCGCAGUGCCAUGAAGAGGGGCUCGGGCAUUACCUGAGGUCUUAUGUCAAGUUUGUUUUUAAACCAGAGACUGACUCCUCCACGGAUGUAAAAACUGUUCACGAGGAGCUGGCCAAAGCCAUGACAGCGAUUCUGAAGCCUUCCACCGAUUUCCUAACCAGCAACAAGCUGCUGAAGCACUCUUGGUACUUCUUUGAAGCGCUUGUCAAAGCCAUGGCUCAUUAUCUCAUCCAGAGUGAUAAAGUCAAGCUCGCAAGACAUCAACGUUUUCCAGGCUCCUUCUACCAUGCUGUUGAGACCUUGGUCAAUAUGCUGAUGCCUCAUAUAACCCAGAAAUAUAAGGACAACCUGGACGUGGCACGCAAUGCCAACCAUAGCCUGGCAGUUUUCAUUAAGCGCUGCUUCACCUUCAUGGACCGAGGAUUUGUGUUCAAGCAGAUCAAUAACUACGUGAAUUUCUUCCUACCUGGCGACCCCAAGACGUUGCACGAGUUUAAAUUUGAGUUCCUGAGGAUUGUAUGCAGCCAUGAGCAUUACGUCCCUCUCAACCUUCCUAUGCCCUUUGGAAAAGGCCGGGUACAGAGGUUCCAAGAUCUUCAACUGGACUACUCGCUGAGCGAUGACUUCUGUCGAAACCACUUCCUGGUGGGUCUGCUGCUGAGGGAGGUGGGCGGCGCCUUACAGGAGAGUCCAGAGGUUUGUCAGAUUGCCGUCCAGGUGCUGAAGGGACUGAUGAUGAAACAUGCCUUUGACGACCGCUAUGCUGCCAAAAGCCACCUGGCCAGACUUGCCACCCUCUACCUGCCCUUGUUUGGCAUGCUGCAGGAGAACGUCCACCGGCUAGAAAGCAAGGCAGUUGGGCCUCCAAACCACCACAAGAACCCAAUGGAGGACUCUCUCAUGGUGACCCCCCAGAAGCAUGGCACUUACAUGGACAGCGGUCUUCACAAAGAAGUCUUUGGCGUUAUCUCUGGAACCACCUCACCUUACAGUUCCACCCCCAAUGUUGGCUCGGUUCACCAUGCAGGCUCCAGAGGCUCUUUGGUCUCCACUGACUCUGGAAACAGCCUGCUGGACAAGAGUAGAGACCAGACAAACUCUUUGGAGAAGUGCGCCUCAGCUCCAGGCAGCUCUGUGCUGCGCUGUGACAAACUGGAACAGGAUGAAGUCAAAAACCUGCUCAUGUGCUUCCUGCAUAUCCUUAAGAGCAUGUCAGAAGAAGCCCUUUUUGCUUACUGGAACAAAGCAAUGGCAUCUGAGCUCAUGGAAUUUUUUACAUUAUUGGAAGUCUGCCUUCAUCAAUUUCGUUACGUGGGGAAGCGAGUCAUCACCAGGAGUCACGAUGGGACUCUGAGUCCAGACAGGAAAUCCUUGCUUGUGUCUCGUAACAGGGCGGGGAUCCUGCACUCCCGCUUACAGCAGUUUGGGACUUUGGAGAAUGCUCACAUGCUCAACAACGUGUACGCUCACACAGAAGUGGACAUCAGCAACCAAUGCUUGCUGGAGGCCAACUUGUCUACAGAAGUGUGUCUUACUGUGCUGGACACACUCAUCGUUUUCAUUAUGGGAUUCAAGAGCCAGUUGAACUCGGAUCUUGGCCACAACCCCCUGAUGAAGAAAGUAUUCCAGUUACAUCUGUGCUUCCUGCAGAUCCCUCACUCGGAGGCUGCCCUCAAGCAGGUCUUCACCUCACUCAGGAAUUUUAUCUACAAGUUUCCCUGCACGUUCUUUGAUGGCCGGGCUGACAUGUGCGCCUCCUUCUGCUAUGAAAUCCUGAAGUGUUGCAACUCCAAGCUGACCUCCCUGCGUAACGACGCCGCCCAUCUUCUCUACUUCCUAAUGAAGAGUAACUUUGACUACACCGGACGCAAAUCGUUUGUCAGAACCCACCUGCAGGUGGUAAUUGCCGUCAGCCAGCUGAUAGCUGAUGUCAUUGGCAUCUGCGGCACACGUUUCCAGCAGUCUCUGUCAAUCAUUAACAACUGUGCAAACAGCGACAAAAGCAUCAAGCACACUGCUUUCCCAUCAGACGUGAAGGACCUGACCAAGCGCAUCAGAACUGUGCUGAUGGCCACCGAGCAGAUGAAGGAGCACGAGAAUGACCCCGAGAUGUUAGUGGACCUCCAGUAUAGCUUGGCCAAGUCAUACACCAGCACGCCCGAGCUACGCAAGACCUGGCUAGACAGCAUGGCGCGGAUCCACAACAAGAAUGGCGACCUUUCAGAGGCAGCCAUGUGCUACGUGCAUGUUGCUGCUCUGGUAGCUGAGUACUUGUCAAGGAAAGGAAUGUUCAGGCAUGGCUGCUCAGCAUUCCGUGUCAUCACUCCAAACAUUGAUGAAGAGGCAGCCAUGAUGGAGGACGUAGGGAUGCAGGAUGUUCACUUCAAUGAAGAGGUGCUGAUGGAGCUGUUGGAGGAGUGCGCUGAUGGCCUUUGGAAGGCAGAGCGCUACGAGCUCAUUGCUGAUGUCUACAGACUUAUCAUUCCCAUUUAUGAACAACGCAGAGAUUUUGAGAAACUGACACACCUGUAUGAUACCCUCCACCGUGCCUACACUAAAGUUUUGGAGGUGAUGCAUACUGGCAAACGUCUGCUGGGUACAUACUUCAGAGUGGCUUUUUUUGGACAGGGCUUCUUUGAGGAUGAAGAUAGCAAAGAAUACAUCUACAAGGAGCCAAAGUUCACACCUCUAUCUGAGGUUUCCCAGAGGCUCUUGAAACUCUACUCUGACAAGUUUGGUCAAGAAAAUGUGAAGAUCAUCCAGGACUCAGGAAGGGUGAACCCAAAGGACUUGGACUCCAAGUAUGCCUACAUCCAGGUGACGCAUGUCGUACCGUACCUUGAUGACAAGGAGUUGGAGGAGAGGAAGACCGACUUUGAGAAAAGUCACAACAUCCGUCGUUUUGUGUUUGAGACACCCUUCACGGUGUCAGGAAAGAAGCAGGGCGGUGUGGAGGAGCAGUGUAAGCGACGGACUGUUCUCACCACUACGCACUGCUUCCCUUACGUGAAGAAGCGCAUUGCAGUCAUGUACCAGCAUCAGAAUGACCUAAGCCCCAUUGAGGUGGCCAUCGACGAGAUGAGCGCCAAAGUAGCUGAGCUGCGACUGCUGUGCUCAGCCACCGACGUGGACAUGAUCCGCCUGCAGCUGAAAUUGCAAGGCAGUGUCUGCGUUCAGGUCAAUGCCGGUCCGCUUGCCUAUGCCAGAGCUUUCUUAGAUGACACCUGUGCCAAGAAAUAUCCGGACAAUAAGGUCAAACAGCUCAAAGAGGUCUUCAGGCACUUUGUGGAGGCCUGUGGCCUGGCGCUAGGUGUAAAUGAAGGGCUGAUCAAAGAGGAUCAGCAGGAGUAUCAUGAUGAGAUGAAGGCCAACUACAGACACCUGACCCGGGAGCUGUCAGACAUCAUGCAUGAGCAGAUCCACCCAGUGAUUGACGGAACCAGGAGCUCUGACGUAGACAUUUUUACAAACAAACUCCACCCUUCCUCGUUUUUGCAAAUGACAUACUCUACUCUCAAAUCCCAACAUGAGUGAAUGGUAGAUGACGCCAUAAUCCACUGCUGCUCGACCACAUACUGUAGCUGGUCAAAUAUAUCAGUGGCAACUUAUGUUCUUUCCUGUGGAGACAAGCGAAUAUGUUUUGACUUUCAAGCUUUUAAAUUGCUAUCUUCUCAAGUCUUCAUUGAGAACCCGGGAGUCAGUGAGACUUGUGUCUUUGUCGAGCACCCAUGAAGUCAGUGAAACUCGAAUCUUAAGUCCAGUACACGUGAGUCAGUGAAACAUGGGUCUUUGUUGAGUACCUGUGAGUUAAACACAAAUUUUCAUUGAGCACCCACAAGUCACUGAAACUCGAGUCUUAGUUGAGUACCGGUGAGUCAGUGAAACUCGAGUCUUCGUCGAGCAUUUUUGAGUCAGCGAAACUCAAAUCUUAGUCCAGUAUGCUUUAGUCAGUGAAACUUGGGUCUUUGUUGAGUACCCGUGAGUCAGUGAAACUUGAGUCUUUGUCAACCCGUGAGUGAAUGAAACUCUUGUCUUUGUUGAGCACCUGUGAGUCAGUGAAACUUGUGUCUUUGUCGAGCACUCAUGAGUCAGUGAAUCUCAACUUUUAGUCCAGUAACCAUGAGCCAGUGAAACUGGGGUCUUCAUCAAGCACACCCGUAUAGUGAAACUUGGAUCUUCGUUGAAUACCCGUCAGUAAAAUUCAAGUGUUCGUCACCCCCUUAGUCAGUAAAACUCGAGUCUUUGUCGAACACCUGUGACUCAGCAAAACUCGAUUCUUUGUCAACCCGUGAGUCAGUGAAACUCAAGUUUGUGUCAAGCACCCGUGAGUCAGUGAAACUUGAGUCUUUGUUGAGCACUUGUGAGUCAGUGAAACAUGAGUCUUCUUCAAGCACCUGUGAGUUAGUGAAACCCGAGUCACUUCAACACAAGUCACUGAAACUCAAGUCUUUGUUGAGCACUCAUGGGUCAAUGAAACUCGAGUCUUCCUCGAGCACUCUUUAAUGAGUGAAACUUACGGCUACGUUGAGCACUCAUGAGUCAGUGAUACUUAAGUCUUUGUCAACUCCUGAGUCAGUGAAACUCAAGUCUCUGUUGAGCACCUGUGAAUCAGUGAAACUUUACUGUUCGUUGAGCACCCGUGAGUCAGUUAAACUCGAGUGUUCGUCGGGCACCCGUAAGGCACUGACACCACUGAGUCACUUCAACUCCUGAGUCACUGAAAGUCAAGUCUUUGUCGAGCACCCGUGAGUCAAUGAAACUUGAGUCUUUGUCAAGCAUUCUUUAAUCAGUGAAACUCGAGUCUACACUGAGCACCAAUGAGUCAGUAAAACGUAAGUCUUCGUCAACUCCUGAGUCAGUGAAACAUUGCUGAGCACCUGUGAAUCAGUGAAACUUGACUCUUCAUUGAGCCCCUGUGAGUCAGCGAAACUCAAGUCUUCGUUGGGCACCCAUAAACCUGUGAAAGUUGACUUUUCAUUGAUAACCCAUAAGUCAGUGAAAGUCAUCUUCAACCCCAGAGUAAGUGAAAGUCAAGUCUUCGUCAAGUACUCAUUAGUCAGUGAAACUCGAGUCAUUGUCAACCCGAGUCAGUAAAACGCGAGUCUUUGUCAACCUGUGAGUCAGUGAAACUGAGGGAGAAUUGAUUUGAGGCAAAACCCAGAUAUAUUUCUUUUUUCACGGGGCAAAUACGCAUGUUAUGCAAAUGCAGUUAGAAUAACAGUUGGACAAACAACUCGUUCGUGGCUCACACAUCUCUACCGAGCAGACACAUAACUCGAGGCAGACAACCGUCCCUCACUUAUUAUGUACGGUGUGGGAAGUCGGUCUGCCUCUGUACAGAAGUGAUUCUUACUCCGUAGUACCGUGACACCCCCUAGUGGUCAUGUAAGUAAGGUGUUUCAGGAGAGUGGAAACUUGCUGAUUUCUACAGCAUCUGUAUUUUUUUUUUUACACGUUUGUGUGUAGCAUCCUUUUUAACCACAAAUAUAUAUGACUGCAUUUCAUACAAAUGUAGACGAACUCUCACGAGCCAGCAAGUAUUUUGUAUUAAGAACGUGUGCAAUAUGUUUUUAUUGUUGUCAUGGUGACCAACUACACAGAUUGCCAAAGAUUUUUGCUAUGCAACACAAGCGGGCGCUGUUGUCAUUGACUCUUUAGCUUGUGACUAGUUGAUGCCUUUUACUCUGUAUGUGUGAAUGCGUCAUUUGUACAUAGUUUUAAUGACGAAUAAAGA